CUCGUACGCUUAACUGUUAUUGAGUACAUAGUAUUAAAUAAUUGUGACUCGACGGGCCGUAAAUGGCGAAAGAACGUGUGGCCGAGGGUAACCGGCAAACCGUUUGCGCCUGACUGAUUGCUAAACUUGCCCCUCUGUUCUGAUUCUACUUCUCACCCGUCCCUAUCCUAUUUAUCAUUCUAGUUACCCGUGGUCAUGAACUCAUCAAACUACCCCCAUCAAUCUCGCAGAACGCACAGAAAGCGUUCCUCAGUUUCAAAAAUGUCCUCCGACACAGUACAGACUCUCCCUGAGUACUCGGCUCCGCUCAAUUGGAGUAAAACAUCCAGUUUGGCGUUCUAUACAGGAAACGAGUCAGAUAGACCGCCUGACUACCCUGAUAGUGAGGAGGCAGAUGCAGACACUGAGGAGCAAGCUGUAGCCUACGCUCCACAACGUUUUCAGCUCAAUUCACCACGACGCACAGCACCUUACACACGUAGACGCAAACGUCACUCAGUCCCUGUGCCAGCAGCCGAUCCAUUCCUCGACGCGCUGCUCGAACGCAGUGUUCAUGCACUUGAGAUGUCAAAUGUGCUCAUGCAGAGCUCAAUCUCCACUCAAUGCAGUCUUUCCGCGUUGCUUUCAUCCGAGGUCGGACCGGACCGUUCUCUCGAGGUUCGUGCGAGGAACCUUUCAACACGAAUCAGAUUGAACAGCGGGGUGCAUGGCACAUGGAUGGCACAUCUGGAAGAGAUAUCGAAAGGUGUGGAUGGGCUGUUUGAUGAGGAGCUUAGAGACAUCAGUCCAGUCAAGCCGGACGAAUCCGCGAUUAGCCAGAGUCUUCCCACAUCAAAUAUCAAGGAUUUGCGGAAUAGGAGGAGACCCUCACUACUGGAGCUCAAUGGCUCGUGUUCGAGCGCUUCACAGCUUCAAUUCUCGUUCCCGAAACGUGAUUUCCUCGUUGCGCCUGCCCCUAGGGCACUCACCCAGUAUGUCGAAUCAACAGCUGAUCCAGGCAUGAUAAUCUUGCCCUCCACCUUGGGGUUACGAGCCUGUGCUUCAUCACAUUCGGCUGAUUGGCAGGAUCACACCGUUGUCAGGCAGCCGGAGCUUCAGUCCUCACAGUCUUUACCUGUGUUAUCGGGACAGCCUCUGGAUGUUCCCACUCCAGCGUACAGUCUCCUCUCCAAUAUAGUGAAGCGUUCAGAGUCAGCCACACCUCCACUAACUGAUACGCCGUCCUCUCGUACCUUCAUAUCACGGCGUGGUUCAACGGGCACAUGCAGCACUGAACGAGGAUCGAAGUUGUCUAUGUCCCCUUGCUCAGUACCAUUAUCCCUUGAUCGCAAUUGCAAUCGCAAGCCAGAGUCUGCACCCCGACCUAGCUCCACGACGCCUAGACCACCCGUAGCCCCCCUUCCUCGCGUAAUGACCCCACCUAUCGAGGAGCUCUCUACUGCUUCAUCAGAUUCAUCAGAUCACCCUACUGGUUACCGCACCGUCCAGUGCCUCCGCAAAAUCCUUGAUGAACAAUCAUCCUCCACCUCCGUCAACUUUCCUCGAAAAGAUCGUAAACAAAGUCGAUCGCCCAAUCUCAUGCCUGUCACUCCUGCUCCCGCGCCAGUUGCUGGUACAUCCACCGCCACUGCCUCGAUAUCCCGUCUUUUCACGAAGGGCAGACAUUCAUCCUCUACGCGUCCCCCUUCCCCACCUACACAUUCCUCAUUGAAGGUGCCCUCUGUACCCUCGACACCUCGUUCGUCGCCGAGUACAGGCAGCCUCUCGGAUAAGUUUGGAAACGGCGUGGCCAAAGCCCUCGGGAGUCAUCCCCCUUCAGGCGUGUCGACGCCCAAGCGCAUCAGCUUUGCGGAGCUCCCAGAAUCGUAUGCAAGCUCACGUCCAGGAUCUUCCAAAAUCUCGGAAAGGCGGAAGAACCGGAGUAGAAAGCGCAAGGGGAAAGACGAAGAAGAGGGGGAGCCACUUAGGUGGUUUGAGAGGCUGUUCGUUGCGGGUCCUACGAGCACGAGCUCUGCACGGAUGGAUGAUCGUAUGGAGGAACGCAUGUCACGAGGGUGGGGGAGUCGACCUGGAGGUGGGACGUUAGAUGAUUGGGCGGUAUAGAUUUGAUAUUGGUUGGAAUCGGGAGGAUAAGUUAUGGGAGUGUAUAUCAAUGCUUUACUUUUUACGCCAACGCCAACGCUUUCUGUCGUGACUUUUGCACGUGUAUUUAUGACACGUCCACUGAUCUUACUUAUAUAUCGCACACUGACAGUGUCCACAUCGUCUAGUUCAUGUAUUUCGAGUAACCGAGCAUUGUAUCUUUGAAUUGUCUCAAUAUCACACGCUGACUGAA